AUGCAUAACCCAGACAGUACGUUAAAACCAUUUGAAACAGCUACACGUCAAUUAGCACUAGCAUCUUUACCAACAAUUUCUAAAGUAUUACCAGUUGUUAAUAGUUUAUUAACCAGUUUAGAACCAUCAUCAUUUGAUCCACAAACUAUUCAAAAAUUAAAAGAUACAUUGAGAAGUGCUUUAAAAUCACGUUUUUCACAUAUAUAUAAACAGAAAUGUACAUUAUUAGG